AUGGAGACAUGGAAUCACACUUCCAAUGAUUUCAUUUUGCUGGGUUUGUUUCCCACAAAUCGAACUGGCUUGUUUCUCUUACUCCUUAUCAUCUUCAUAUUCUUUCUUGGCUCAAUGGGAAACUCAACCAUGAUUCACCUCAUACGCGUGGAUCCCCGGCUCCACACUCCAAUGUACAUUCUCCUCAGCCAGCUCUCCCUCAUGGAUCUGAUCUCUCUUUCCAGCACCGUCCCCAAAAUGAUGUUCAACUUCUUCUCAGGUCAGAAAGGCAUCUCGUUCCUGGGAUGUGGAUUCCAGUGCUUCUUCUUUGCAACUAUGGCAUGUUCUGAAGGUUUACUCCUUUGCUCCAUGGCCUAUGACCGGUAUGUGGCCAUCUGCCACCCCCUUCAUUAUCCCCUCCGCAUGAGUAAAAGGAUGUGUGUGAAGAUGAUUAUAGGAUCUUGGAUCUUGGGGUCCAUCAAUUCCUUUGCACACACUGUCUAUACCCUGCAUAUCCCUUACUGCCAGUCCAGGGCCAUUGAUCACUUCUUUUGUGAUAUCCCAGCCAUGAUGACUCUGGCUUGCAUGGACACCUGGGUCUAUGAGUACCUGGUUUUUGUGAGUACAUGUCUGUUUCUCCUCAUUCCUUUCCUUGUAAUCACAGCUUCCUAUGGUCGGGUGCUUUUUGCUAUCUACCAUAUGCGCUCCAAAGAGGGAAGAAAGAAGGCCUUUGCCACCUGUUCAACACAUUUAACUGUGGUGACAUUUUACUAUACACCUUUUGUCUAUACUUAUCUCAGGCCUAAGAAUCUCCGCUCCCCAGCAGAAGAUAAGAAGCUGGCAGUUGUCUAUGCCAUUCUGACCCCCAUGCUCAAUCCCAUUAUCUACAGUCUGAGAAAUAAGGAAGUCCUUGGGGCCAUGACAAGAGCAUUUCCAAUAUUAUUCUCCAAGAAGGAAUAA